AUGCAACAAAUCAAAAAAAUUGAUUUAGUCAGAAACUCAAGCAAAAACAAGAGCUUUUAAGAAAUUUAUGAAUUUAACAAAUGUGAUGUAAGAUCCAAUAGUUUAUUUAGAAAUUGGGGCAAGGUUCAUAUGGGAUGGUGUAUAAAGCAGUUCAUAGAGCAACUGGUUUAAGCAGAGCAGUGAAGAUCAUCCAAAAGGCAAGUGUAAAUUAGUAAGAAAGAUUGAAUAAUGAACUUAGAACUGUAGAAUUAUUGGUAAUUCUGGAAACUUAGUUUAUUUAAGGAUCAUCCACAUAUCAUAAGAGUGUUUGAGACUUAUGAAGAUAUGGAAUAUAUUUACGUGGUAAUGGAGUAAGUAAUAAAUUAAAAAUUAGAAUAUGUAAGGGUGGUGAUAUCUUUGAUAAAGUAUUAGAAUAUGGUAAUUUUGAUGAGUAAGGAGCUUUAACAAUAUUUAUUCAAAUUAUAAGAUCAGUUGUCUAUUACUAAUCUUUGAAUAUAGUUCAUAGAGAUUUGAAACCUGAGAAUUUUUUAUUUUAGAAGAACAAUGAUUUAGAUUCACUUUACAUCAUUGAUUUUGGUUUAGCUAGAGUAUUCUAACCAGGUAUACAAUAUUAAUGGACAAAAGCAGGGACGGUAAGUAAUAAAUAUUAAAUAUAAGGCUUAUUAUGUAGCACCUGAAGUAUUAUAAGGUAUAUAUGAUAAUAGAUGUGA